AUAAGGACUCCUUCACCGCUGGACUUAUCUCCAAGUGUCUCGUUGUUAUGUCGGCCGAGCGUCAACAUGUCGCUGGCGUCUUGUUCCUGAUGCAACAGGAAUCUGAGUAAAGAUUCAAACCACACAGUUGUGACAGUCGGACACACCGGAAGUGGACUGGACCAACACUGAGUGGGCCACGGAGGAGCAGGAGGUCUGCCGCACUUAGUGAGGUGACCAGAAGUGAGGGCAGCUGGCCGGGUGAUCUGAGUGUUUCCUGGUUUUGAUGCGACCCGAGUGUACCUGGAGCAUGUCCACAGUGGGCCUGACUGCCCAGGAGAUCUCUUUUCCCAUAGAAAACCCCUUCCUGCGGGGCAGCUACUGCCACAGCAUGGCUGGAUCCAAAUCCUCCUGGAGCCCCCGCCCUGAGCUGAACAACUUUUACUUCACGAUGGACAGUUCACACACCGACCACAGGUCUCCAGUCCACCAUCAGGCUCCACCUCCACCAUCUCUAAGUUACGACAGACAUAAACACAGCCCCCCCACACACAAAUUACCUCCAAAACCUUCCCAUCUCUCCACUGAAGCCUCCUCCCCGACUCCCGCUGAGGACGACAGGGUGGUGCCCUCAUUCAAGAAGCUGUCGGUGCACGAGUGCAGCAGCGUUCCCACGCAGACCCCGGCCAGGGGCUCCAAGCCUCUGCCUCCCAUCCCUCCACACAAAAACCUGUCUCCUGAACAAACUGUGGACAUUGAGGUGGAGUUUUCCAUGAGUUCGGAUGAAAGCUCAUGUCUGGUGCCCGACCCUUGUCCCAAAUCAUCCUUUUUCCGAUAUGGACCUAGCAGAAGGAGCUUGAGGGACUGUGGAUGGAUAAACUACGCUUACUAUGAUGGUCCAUUAGGGUCAGAAAGUCGGGAACAGAUCCAUCUGCAACAUCAGACGCACGCUUCACUGGAUGAACGGGAACAGUACGAGCAGCAGCAGCAGCAGCAGCAGCAGCAGCAGCGAAGGGAGAGGCCAGAGCCAGUGGUGUGUCAGAGACAACAGGACAAGGCUCAGAGGAGACUGCGGCGCUCCCACUCUGGCCCAGCUGGAUCCUUCAACAAGCCCUCGCUGCUGCGCCUCACCUGUGCCAAACGUCACACUCACAGUAUGGACAAACCUGAAGUGCCCCCCCCUAUACCUCCUCGAGUAAGGACCGGAGACUACCGUCGCUGGUCAGCAGAGGUCUCGUCUGGGCCCUACAGCGAUGAGGACAAACCACCCAAGGUCCCGCCGAGGGAACCUUUGUCCAAUGGCAGCUCUCGUACCCCCAGUCCUAAGAGCCUCCCAACAUACGUUAACGGGGUGAUGCCCCCGACGCAGAGCUUUGCACCAGAUCCUAAUUAUGUGACGUGUCGAGCUUUGCACAGACAGAACAGUGACUGCUCCCCCUGCAUCGUUCCUGUCAUGGAGGAUGGCCAGCAGGUCAGCAACACACACUACUAUCUCAUGGACACCAAAAACGUACCAGACUGGGACAAUCACACCAGACGGAAAGUGGAUUUAGUCUGAAAUGAUUUGACUAAAAUACACACUGGACUCAGAAGCACUUGACAUCACAGUGAACGUGGACGGUUCUUUUCCUGUUUUUGGUCUUUUUGUUCUUACUCCCAAAUGUAUUCUGAUCGCACAGGGUAUGUGAGCACUGUAUUUGGUUACUGGUGAUGUUGGAAUCGCCUUCACAGUUGGAAUACUGGACAUGAGGACGGUGUCUCUAACUAUAGGGUGAGGGCAAAAUUUCAACACUGUAGAGCUUAUUUUUGAUACAAUUGUUAUUUAGUGCCUUUUCUAAUUGUUCUGACGUUUUAUUUUUGGUUAAUGAUGUUAACGGUAAAGUCCGACGGAUCAAGCUGGCCUUGAACCCUAUGUUCAGUAUUUUGUGUCUGUGAGGUAGAGGAUGUUUGGUGGGAUACACCACAGCUUUCUCAUUGGAGUGCGGGGGGUGGGGGGUGGGGGGCAGAAGGUCAGUAAUGUAAACAAAGAUCUGUUCAUAUAUGAAGUCAAACGGCCAUUGGAUUUUUAAACAGUGCUGUUCCCAUGUCUAAGCCAGAGCGCUGUGUCUGUGUACAUCUGUCUGACACGUAGCAUGUUGUCCCCAGAGAGAGAGUGUGUGUGUCUGUGUGUGUGUGUGUGUGUGUAGGCCGGCCGGCCGUCCGCUGAUCAGGUUGUACGUACGUGGACGUGUUUGUGCACGGCUGAAGAAAGUGUGUUGUGUUCUGGUGGUGUUUUCACGCGGGACGUCGACAGAUUAUCGAUCCAUUUGUUACUGUGCUGUGCGUUUCUGCAGCUAGCGUCCUCAGCCCAUGAGAAAAGAGUGCAGACGUUUGAUGGCUUCACUCAGCGAUCAGGUCCUUUGCACAAGAACUCUGUCUGUUGAACACAGGCCGGUGUUUGCUCUAAACCUGUCAGUCAUUUGAAGUAUAGUUCUGGUCAAGCUGUGAGUCAUUGCCUGAAGUACUACCUCCCUUUUAUUGAUUCUAUACUUCUGCUAAACUCCCUGUGUGACAUAAAACAAGGCUUUAAACUUCUUUUUUUUUUUCAAUUCAAAAACCAAAACUCCUGCUUGAGUUUGGAGCAGGCAGAUGACGGCCCACACAGAUGUGAGGCUAAGCUGUUCAUACAGACGCAGUAGAAAGACGGUGCCGGGUUUACCUGCCUGACACAGACUUUCCUGUUCUGCACAUGCAUUCCUACCUUACAUGAUUGCAGUGGGUGUUGCCUGUGUGACUCUGGCUGCUGGCAGCUCAGAGAGUAUAUGAACUUUAUAGUUGUAGAUUCUUCAAGAAAGUUCAGGAUGAUGUAGUGAAUGUAGCGUAUGAAGUGAAGAAACGCUCUGUAUGGAACACUGCGAUCGGUUCUGGGGAAAGCUAACUGCUGAGGUCAAACGGUUGUUGAAGUAUAUUCUCUCUCUCUCUCUCUCUCUCUCCCUUUGGCUCACGAGAACCGAGGCCACACAAAAAUGUUGGAAAGAAGUUUACAUCACACACUGAUGCUAUUUAAUCUUAAAGGUAUUAAAGGUGUUCAGAUGUCUUACGAAAACUAAUAAAAAUCAUCAAUUUUGAUUUUUCUUUUUUGUUUUUUACUCAGACAACUCAACUCAUGUACUGUGAGAGUACAGUAUGCUGUGUACAGUAUUUAACUAUUCCAUUUGUUAUUAGUGUGAAGUCCUUGAAAGAGAGCAAAAUAAAUGGACUUAUUUAUGA